AUUGGGUAGAUAACGGCAAACAAUGCUGCUGAUGCACUUUUGCUGCGCCAUCAGAAAACGUAAAAGAGCAUGGACGAGGGAUGGCAGGGGAGAGGAGAAAUUCCAGGAUAGUGGGGGCAACCCGACAGUCCCGGUGACGCGUCGUUGCGAUCCUUUUUGUUCCCGGAUAUGUGCAAAGUCGCGCGCGCUUUCUCGAUUCCUUGCGCGUCGUCGCGUUUCGCGUCGUGUCGGGGAAGAUGUGCGCGCAGCGUACAGGCAUUCGUGGAUUCUAAUUGAACACGCACCCUGACUGGCUGCUCCGACCCCGGGCUCCGAUUCGACGUCACGUGCAAUCGGCACGUGUGGCCGCGUCGCCGCCGUCGUCGUCGUCGUCGUCGUCGUCGUCGUCGCCGCCGCCACUCAGGAGUUUCCAAGUCAACGCGGAGUCAAGAUCAUCACGCGGACUAUGGACACCUUCCUCGGAACGAUCCUCCUCGCGUUGGCGAGCAUCCUCACCACCAGCUGCUCCGGCACCGCUGAAGACCUCGACUUGGGCACAAUCGUUUUCGCAAACCUCCUGUACAGGCACGGGGAUAGGACUCCCAUCGCGCCUUACGAGAAUGAUCCUUAUAACAAGGAAUCGUCCUGGCCGGUUCCAUAUGGAGAGUUAACAAACAUUGGCAAACAACAACAUCUGCAGCUUGGACGCUGGCUGAGGCAACGGUAUUCUGGUUUUUUAAGCGAUACCUACACGCCGUAUGAUAUCUACGUCCAAAGUACGGACGUAGAUCGCACUCUGGGAUCGGCCGAAGCGAAUCUCGCAGGGCUUUAUCCGCCAGAGAAGGAUCAAGUAUGGGACAACAAGAUCCAAUGGAUGCCGAUCCCCGUGCACACCGUUCCGGUGAAGCAAGACUACGUGUUAAAGGCGAGCAAAUACUGCCCGCGAUACGAGUAUGAGCUGAAGAAGCUCUUAACUUCGCCAGAAAUGGAACGCAUAAUAAAAGCGAACUCGGAGCUCUUUGCCUAUCUAACUAAGAACUCUGGCGACAAAAUAGCUUCGUUUAAAGCGCUUGAACAUCUGUACGAUGUUUUAUAUAUCGAGUCGUUGUACAAUAAAACUCUACCGCAAUGGACGAAGUCGGUGUUUCCAGAGAAAAUGAAACCCCUUGCUAUACUUAGUUUUAUGACAGGGGCCUACAACACGAGACUUCAAAGGUUAAAAUCAGGUCCACUGCUUAAAGAUAUAAUAGAUCACAUGAUCAAGAAAGCACAAAAUACCUUACAACCUGAUAGAAAGAUGUGGAUGUAUAGUGCUCAUGAUGAGACCAUUGGGAAUAUGCUUAUGACUUUGAACAUAUUUGAACCUCAUUGUCCACCUUACGCUGCUAUACUUCUCAUAGAAUUAAGGACAAACUCGAAAAAUCAGUAUUUUGUAACAAUUUCUUAUAAAAAUACCACCGAGGAACCGAGACUUAUGACAUUACCGGGUUGUGCUACGUUAUGCCCUUUAAAUGAUUUUAUUAAUUUGACGAAAAAUGUUGUACCUGAGAAUUGGGAGAAAGAAUGUUUAAUGAGUCGGUAUGAUGACAUAAGUUCCAGCGAUGUCAUCGCAAUCCUGACAUCGUCCACUUUAAUGCUAGUUUUAUUAAUUCUAAUAAUAAUCGGCUUCAUGUAUUGGCGACACAAAAGAGAACACAGGCAGUAUUACUUUCGUUUAGCGUACAAUGGCUAUAAUGAUGCCAUGUAAUGGAUGUUUGACAAAAAUAAUUUAUAUAACGAAGUAUUAGGAAAAAUAUUGUUUAAUCAUUGACUAUUGAUGUUCGAUAAAAUUCAGCAAGACGUCUUUUUUAAAAUUCAAAUGUUUGAUACGUAUAUACAACUGUGAUUAAAUUAUUCAAUUAUCUUUA